AUGUUUCUGUCUUACGCUACCGUGCCCAUGUUCGCUUUCACGAUACUGUUGAAUUUCUUCUUCUUGAACUCGCCCAUCAUAUCGAUGGAGGUCGGCACGCUCUUUGAAAAGUGCGAGGAUUGUCUGGCUGACACGUGCCACAAAGAUAAAAAGAGGCCGUGCAUUUCUAUGAGCACCGGUCGGUACUUAUGUUUCACGUGUGAAGCCGAAUUUGGUGACGACCAGUACUACACCUUCGAAGAAUGCAAAGCGGGUUGCACGAACAAGAACAAGACAUGCGCGUGUGAAAGUAUGUGUAUCGUGUGCAUCAGCAAAUCAUGGCUCGAAAGUGGAGGUUCUUUAGAGCCAUGUUAUUUUCCAUCCGAGCGGGAAUUGAACAUAACGUGCAAGUAA